CCCGCAUCGAUUUGACUUGGGUGCUUCUUGGCUCUGUCGCAGGGAUCAACGGUCCCGUGCCGGGGGGGGAAGAGGCGCUAGCGAAUCCCUGACCGUUCCUGGUUCCCGGGCCCCGGCUGCCUUUUUUGGGUACAGGCCGUUGAGGUUCUUUUUAUUUAUGUACCUUAUCUUCGCAGACACCCCCCCUCCAACAUCCCCCAGGCCCAUCCAAUGGCCACACCUGCCCUCCGAAAUGCCUGGCGCAUACGCUCCAUAUUAUCAACGAGGCACGCUCGGCCAAUAACUACCAAAGCAAUCUCCCAAAAGUUCCAAAUCUACACCUCCAGCUCAGCCAACCCAUACCUCAACCUCUCCAUCGAGCACCACCUCCUCGAAAAGUCCGACCCCGACUCGACCAUCCUCUUCCUCUACACAAACGACCCAUGCGUGGUCAUUGGCCGCAACCAAAACCCCUGGACUGAAGUCAACCUUCCACAACUAGCACAGACAAGAAUAAAAUUCGGCCAGCUCAAGCACCACCUCGUCCGCCGGCGCUCAGGAGGGGGAACCGUCGUCCAUGAUCACGGCAACGCGAACUGGUCCGUCAUCUGCCCCAAGGAUGUCUUCGAUAGGGAUAAGCACGCGCUCAUGGUGGUGGAAGCGCUGAAGAAUAUGGGAAUAAAGGGUGUCAAGGUCAACGAAAGACAUGAUAUUGUUCAGGAAGCGCAAGAUGCCGAAGGACCCGAGCCUGCGCCGUCGACAUACAAAAUCUCGGGUUCGGCGUACAAAUUGACGGGCAAGCGCGCGUUGCACCAUGGUACAUUACUUCUCAACUCUGACUUGAGCGAUAUCUCGGGGUUGUUGCGCAGCCCAGCAGCACCAUAUAUCGCCGCCCAGGGCGUGGAAAGUGUCCGGAGCCCAGUCUGCAACGUGGGAGUGGAGGAUAAUGCCGACUUCUACAAGGCCGUUAUCGACCAGUUCAUGACCAUGUAUCCGGAUAGCCAGUCGGCUGAGGUGAAAGAGGUGGAACAGCAAGAGGCGCUGAACCAUGACAAUAUUUGGAAAGGGGUUCAAGAGCUACUGUCCCCAAAAUGGCUCUGGGAAUCCACCCCUAAAUUCCGCCUCGCCUCCCACCCAACCCCCGAAGACCCCCGACCACGUCCCCACCCUCCAUCAAACUUCUUCCUCACUCUCACAGCCCGCCACUCAGAAAUCCUCGACCUCCAAACCGACUCCCCCCUCUUCCGCUCCGAGGACCACACCGCCUCGCUCAACUUUUUGUUGAAGCAAAAAAUCCACGAAGUCCCCAAGUACUGCGACCUCCGCGAGUGGAAACACUACAUCAACUUCCGCAUCGAGAACGGCAAGUCGCUGACCCUCCGCAACGAGAGCGUGGGGAGCAUAUGCAAGUGGUUGUUGGGGGACGACAUGUUGGCGACGGGACCGAUAAGGGGGAUCAACAAGAGUUUAAAGACGAAGCUCAAGGAGCUGAAGCAUUGCAGGGAUGGGGGCAAGCCUUUGGUCUUGGACCAUGCUGCGUUUGUGUUUGGCAAGCCCGAGUAUGGAUGGUAUGUGGUAGAUAAGCAAUAACAUCAGAAAAAAAAACAUCCGAUCCCAAAAAACCAACAUGAUCAUUAUCAUACCCUCCCCAU